GGCGCCCGUCGGGCCUUGGAGCCGAGCCCUGCCCGCCCGGCCCGAGCCCCAGCGCUGCCGUGCGCCAGCCGUGCGUGUACUCCAGGGAAAGCCGCAGGAGGAGGAGGAAGAUCGGGUCACAGCUGGGAUGAUGAAAAGCCAAAGUGUCGGGUGGUCUAUGGAUGGAUAAGGAGUGAAAGCAGGAAACAGUUGUCACAACUCGCCUGUCAAAAUCAAUUUAUUAGUUUUUAGACUCAGUUGUUUGGAAGGUAAAGUCCAGCUGCAAAAUAUGGCUUAUCGAUUUUCAAAGGAAGAAUUAGAUGAGCAGUUUGAAGAGUUUCUGAAAGAGUCUCUUUCAGAUGAUUCACUUGGAAAUUCAAAGAAAAAGAGCAGCAUGCUUGAGAAAUUGGGACAGCCCAGGAAAAAAGAAAAGAAGAAAAAGGAUUCAGUGCCAUGGUGGUUAUCUGAAGAAGAUUUGGAUGAUGGUGGAGUGCUUGAAGCCAGUGGAAAUUUUGUCAAGAUGCGGAACGCUUCACAGCCUGUGGGAGAAAGUCAUGAAAAUAUGGAUGUGGAAAAGAUGCAGCUUCAGAAAAGUAAUGGAGAUGCCAUCUCUUUGAGUAGAGACAGCUUGGAAACAAAUGAUUCAGUUUUAGCUUCUGGGCCUAAUCAAAAUAUCAUGGGAGUUGGAUUGGAUACCUUGGAAGAACAAGAAGAAAAAGAGAUCUUCUUUGCCAAGCUAGAACAAGAAGCUUCCUCUACUAUUGAUUAUUCAAGAUUAAAUAAAGAGCUGGAUUCCAAUGAUUCUGUCAUACUAGCACCAUUUAUACGAAAUGAAAAAGCUGAAAAUGAAGAAGAAUCUGCACAUGAAGAGAAAUGUGGUAGCUACAGUGAAGAUUUUGAAGAAGAAACAGAUACUAAUUCUGCCCAUAAAACUGAGGGAGAUCAGGUGAAUCAAAAAGCCGUGUCAGAAGUUGAUUUAAGUCCUCAAGAACAGGAAGAAGCAAACACUGGCAUGCUGGCUAAAGUUGUAUUGCUUGAUUCACAAGAUUCCACGGUAGAACUUCAGAAGGCCAUUGAAACAUCAGAUGUAGCUCCAGGUGAACAUGAUCAGCCUGAAGAAGUCAGUGCAGUUGAAAUAAAUGAAGCAGGUACUUCCUGUGGGCAAACCACCAGUGACAUGGAAGCAUUACACCAGGCGUAUCAUCACAUUGGUCAGUCUUUGGGAGACACUGAUGAGCAAAAGCUGCACAAUUCUGCAGUGGCACUCUCAGAAGGCUUAGGGCAAAGCAGUUCACAAAAUAAUGACAUCUAUGCAAAAAACAUGUCAACUGUUGAUUCAGAUUUACCUACUGUCACUGGCAUUAUGGCAUUUGCAUCUUAUUAUAUAUGACUUUUUUUUUCUUGUAGUCCUGUGAAACUGGUAGGCAGCACAGAAAAUGAUCUCAUUAGCCACUCACCCCUUGAAGACCCCCAGAGUAAUGCAGCUUGGGAGAAAAACUUAAUUGAAAAGUUUAACAGAGAAGAAAACAUCUUUCUACGGAGAAGUGUGAAUGACGAUGCCUUUCAGAGGAUGACUGAGAAAAAAAUUCAGACCAUUGAAGAACAGCCUGAUAUACUAAGAGAAAAAAUAGGACAAGACUCUUUGCUUUCACAGGGAAGCAAAACUAAAAAAGCUCUUCGGUCUUGUUCCUUGAAGAAUGAAAGAUCAGGAUCAAUGACAAACAAACCAAUGUCAUAUAAGAAUAUCAGAAGUCCAGCACCUGUACAUAAAAAGAAACCUUCACAUGGUCCUCAUGGACUGGUUAGAACUUCUGGCUAUGGGAAACCCAGUUUAUUUUCAAAGCAGUCUUCUCCAGUUAGUGAAAAGAAAACACCAAAAGAAACUUUCAAAAAUGCCUGUAUGAAAGCCAAAAGUCCUGCAGAUAGAGCAAAAUCUAAAGAAGCCUUAUUUGCUACUAGGAUAAUAAGAUCUGCAACAAAUGAACCAGCUUUGGAGGGAAGUAUUAACAGAGUUUUGUGUGGCAAAUCAGUUGUUAGUAAUCUUGGACACCAGGCUGGGGAUUAUAACAGGCAGUAUCAUCAUGACUUACCAUUUUCCCCUUUCAAAAGCUGUGAUAGAGAGCUGUAUUUGUUAAAACGACUACAAGCAGCAGAGGAGGACCUGAACACAGCUCGGGAUUUGGUUCAACAGCUGGCCAGUAAGCUUUCACAAAAGGAGAAGGAGAUGGAGGUUAAGGUAGUGGAACUGAAAACACAGCAUGAGAAGGAGCUUUCCCAUCUGGGUCAAGAAAACUAUGUUCUUCAGAGCAAGCUAAGAAAUAUGGAAGAGAUGGCCCAAGAAAAGAGGUCGACCCAUGCAGCAACAAUUCCUGUAACUGAGGAAAAACUGGCACAAAUACAAAAAGAGAUUGAAGAUCAAGAGGUCAUUAUUCAAGGUUAUCAACAGGAAAAUGAGAGGUUAUACAAACAAAUGAAAGAGCUACAAAUCCAAAAUAAAAAAAAUGAAGAACGAAUGUUUAAGGAGAAUCAGUGCAUAAAGUCUGAAUUAAUACACUUAAGAGAAAAGAUAGAGAAGACCAAUAACCAGUCACAACUCGUGCAGGAUUCUGAGUCAGCCAGAAAUCAGAGUUUCACAGAAUUGAUUUCAGAGCUUCGAGCAGCACAGAAAGAAGAAGCUAAAUUACAAGAAGAGAUAAGACGUCUAAAACAAGAUAAACAAGCUCUUGAGGUAGACUUGGUACAAGCCAAGAAAGAGAGAGAUUUAGCAAAAGUCCAGAUUGCAUCUGCAUCAAGUGAGAAGUCUUAUGAAUUUAAAGUUAUGGAAGAGUCAUACAAACAGGAAAUUACUAAUUUAAAAAAAAGACUUCAGUGGUAUGCAGAAAAUCAAGAUCUUCUGGAUAAAGAUGCAGCCCGUCUUAAAGAUGCAAGAGAAGAAGUUGAAAAACUAAGACUAGAGGUUGAGAAGCUCAGAGCUGAAGCAGGAGAUCAGUGUGUGCAACAGAAGAAACGUUUGCGAGACAGAGCAGCAGAUGCUAAAAGAAUUCAGGAUCUUGAGCGACAGAUCAGAGAAAUGGAAGGAAUUCUAAAAAGAAGGUAUCCAAAUUCCUUGCCUGCUUUGAUUUUUGCUGCUGCUGCUGCUGAGAAAACAAAUGAUCUUUCAGCUAAAACAAACACAGUUGAAUUUUUGGAGAGAAGAAUAAAGAAAUUAGAAACAGAACUUGAAGGUAAAGAUGAUGAAGCUAAGAAAAGCCUCCGUGCCAUGGAACAACAGUUUCAAAAAAUAAAGAUACAGUAUGAACAAAGACUUGCAGAGCUUGAGCAGCUACUUGCCUACGAAUUUAUGAAUGAAACACCAAAACUGAAUGGUGAUAAAGACACUUCAGCAGAACUUGAACAGGAGCUUCAGAAUUUAAAGAAAACCCAUCAGAUCACUGUUGGAAACCUCCAAACAGAAAUUGAAAAUCUUAAAAGUCAAAAUUCCCAAUUAAAACUCAGAAGUAAAAAUGAUAAUAAAGACUUAGAGUCCAUGGACUCUAAGAUGAAACAAGGUAACACAAAAGACAGGUUGUUAAAACUAAAUGAAGAACUGGUCAGUAAAAAUAGAGAAAUACAAGACCUCACAAAAACGGUAGAGAAACUUCAAAAAGAAAGGAUGGUGAUGUUGUCUGAUAAUAAUUUGAGAAAUAAAACAAACACUUACGGAAACUCUACAGAGGUCUCAAUAAAGAAUACCUCAGCAACAGAUAGAAGGAAUUCCAACACUGAAGCCUGUCUAAGCAUUUUCAAUGAUGACAAAGUACACCAACCACAUACCUUUUCUGAUUCUCAUCUCUCGGAAGUUCUGCAAGAAAAUGCACAUCUGAAAGAGGAGCUGGAGAGAUUGUCCCUAGAAAUGAGCCAGCAGCGGGUGAAGUCUCAAGCAGCGCUGGCUUAUUCUGAAAGUAACAUCCGAAGGAUGCAGGAAGACACAGCAGAAUACAUUGCAUCUCUGAAAGCUUCCCACCAGAGGGAAGUCGAGAAGAUUGUUUGCCAGCAUGCAAAGGAACAUUCUACUUCUAAAGUAGCUGAACUAAAGAACAGAAUUUCAACACAGGAGAUAUUAAUAAAACAUCUUCAAGAACAACUUGGUGAACAAGAGAGACGUCAAGAAGCUCUUCUAGUUUCACAGAUAAGAGAGCAGCUCCUACAAAAAGAGGUGACAAAAUUGUUGGAAGAACUGAGAGAGGCUAGGGAGAGCCAGAGUCCUGAAAUGAAACAUUUCUUGUGCCUGGAAAAGAAAAUCAAGCAUAUAGAGAGCAGACAUGCAGAAAGAGAGCAUGAAAUUCAAAAGGCAACCCAACUAAAACAGCACAUUUCUGAAGUAAGGCAAAACCAGGAGGUUGAGAAGUGGCGAAGGCUGGCACAGCAGAAGAACCAGGAACUGGAGAAAUUUCGAAUGGAAUUGGAUUCAAUACUAGAUGUUUUACGUGAACUGCAGAAACAAGGGGUUAUUAUUCCUGCACCUGAUUCCAGUGGAUUUGGAGUGACAAACAGCUGUUGGAAGGCAUGAUUAGGUAGUAGUUAAGUACAGCAGCAGAAUUUUAAUGUUCUAAGUUAUGUAUAGAAAAUGUUAUCGAAAAUCAAUAUUGUAAUGUGUAUAAAACACACUGCAUUCUGAUCUUCUCUGAAAUAUCUCAUGUCCAGAGGCAGAUUUACAUUGAGCAGUACUCUAGUCAUAUUGUAUGUCUUCUAUUUUAUUAGUAAUAAAUUUGUGUAUUUUUUUAA